AAAAGGUGAUCCUGUCUGCUACUCGGAAGGUUCUCCCCCUCUCAUCUCCACUUCCACGGGGCAGUCUGCUACUGGUUUCGGCUUUUUGGCACUAGCUAUUUUUUUAUAGCAUUGACCUGGCACCCACCAGACCCGUUUCACGCUGUUCUGGUUCUAAGGUGCCCCCCAUGGCGAGGCAACGGAAACAUGGAAGACCUGGCCAACACAGUAACCACCAUCAGGAAGCUAUAGAAGGACCCAGUCCACGGAGGCACAGUGGUGCUAUUGAAUAUGAAGACCGUUUCUCAGUUCACCUCAAGCACCAGCACCAACAGAGUCUUCGCUCACGUCAACGAGCUACACUAACUCAGAAAUUCAUGACUGUGGCUGCCAUAGCAUGCACGGGUGCAGCUCUCACCCUGAUUUGCCUCUUGACUUACAAUGGAUAUCUUCAAACAAGAGUCAAUACACCGUUUGACAAACACAAGGUUGUUGGACGCUCUGGCCUUGCUGUACCUGAUCGUUAUUGGGGCUCCUACCGACCUGGCGUUUAUUUUGGCAUGAAGACAAGAGAGCCACACUCACCUGUUAUGGGUCUUAUGUGGUACUUUGAUGCCCAUGUUAUGACAGGCACUGCAGGUGUAAGGCAUUGGUGUGAACAACACGACGAUCUACAGUAUGGGUGGAAGGAGCAUGAUGGUCGAACAUUUGGAAUUCAGGAUAUUACAGAUCAUGUCUAUAAUAUCACAACCUCUUUCGUGAAAAAGCCUGGAGGUCGUCGUGGGGGCGAUUGGUCUGCAUACAUUAAUGUCUCAGCACUGGUUCCUGAAGUCAAUGGACUCGGUGUGUCUCUGAUGUUCUACAUGGCACUUGAUGAAAAGACCUCAGGAAUGGUUACUACAAAUGAGCAAAAAGUUGGAAUUGUUGGGUAUACAGAAGAAUUGGGCAACUUCUCAGUGCGACUUUUGAGUCAUCAUGGGGAGCUCUCUCACAUGUCACACCUCACAACACAUGUAUCAGGUCUGGACAAAAUCAAAGAAAUAACUGAAAACUACCUUCGUGCGGUUCGUGAUGGAGACAAAAGACUUAUUGUUCUCCCAGGAUUCAAAUUGCCUAUUACUAGGGACAACCCUCACCCUGUUCCAAACCUUAGUGUGCAAAAAAUAGAUGCUAAGGUACCUUUUGGAAUAGAAAUUAUGUUCAAGUCUGGACCUCCUCAGGAUGGAGAUAUUCUUGCAGAAUCUAACUUUGACAACAAUCUUACCGAAAAAAGAAAAGCAUUUUAUAAACAGUUUGAUGAUACUUUCAAAUUAAAAGAAAAAGGUUUUGAUGAACGAAUGCAGGAGUUUGCCCGUACUACUUUCAGUAAUCUUGUUGGUGGGAUUGCUUACUUCUAUGGCUCAUCUCUUGUGCAAUCCAAGUAUAAUCCUGCUCCCGUUCCAUACUGGAAGGCACCACUUUACACGGCUGUACCAUCAAGAAGUGUUUUCCCUCGUGGAUUUCUCUGGGAUGAAGGUUUCCAUGCCUUACUCAUCCUUCCUUGGGAUCUUGAGAUCACUCUUGACAUUUUAUGUCACUGGUUUGACCUUAUGAAUGUGCAAGGAUGGAUUCCUCGUGAACAAAUUCUCGGUGCAGAGGCAUUAGCCAAGGUUCCUCAAGAGUUUGUAGUUCAACAUAAUGAAAACGCCAAUCCACCAACAUUCUUCCUUGUUCUCCAGCAAAUUCUUCGCAACUACCGAGAGAAAAUAAUUGAGAACUCCGAGCAUAUUCAUAGUUUGGAACGUCUGUAUCCCAGGCUAAAGGCAUGGUUCACAUGGUUCAAUACCACUCAAGUUGGUAGCCUACCAACCACUUAUCGGUGGAGAGGACGUGACCCAGAUACUAUGAAGUUUUUAAAUCCCAAGACUCUCACUUCAGGGUUAGAUGAUUAUCCUCGUGCCUCACAUCCAACCAGUUUGGAACGUCACAUUGAUUUGAGAUGUUGGUUGGCACUUGGUGCACAAGUCUUGGCAGAAAUGGCUGAGCUCCUUGGUCAUGAUGCAGAGCGUUAUGGAAGUACUUAUGAAAUGCUAAGUGAUAACAAUCUUUUAGAUGAAUUACAUUGGUCUGAAUCUAAAUCGCGAUAUGCAGACUAUGGUCUGAAUACCGAUUCUGUGACUUUGGUGAAACCUCCACCUUCUCCACGGUCUGAUUCUCACAGCAAUGAAUAUAUUCGAAUGGUGCUGAAGGAACCUCAGUAUGAGUAUAUAGAUACCCAAUUUGGUUAUAUUAACCUGUUUCCUUUCCUUUUGCAAAUAUUGGAUCCAAACAGUAAACAUCUAGAAAAAGUUCUUGAUGAUAUAAAAAAUCCAGCAUUGCUUUGGACUAAGUAUGGGCUGAGGUCACUUUCUCCAAAUUCACCUUUGUACAUGAAGCGGAAUACAGAACACGACCCACCAUAUUGGCGUGGUCAAAUUUGGAUUAAUAUGAAUUACCUAGCCUGUAGAGCAUUGUAUUAUUAUAGUCACGCCCAAGGGCCUCACCGUAAACUUGCAGGUGAGAUAUAUGCUAGACUACGACUCAACCUUAUCAAAAAUAUCUAUAAAGAGUAUGACCGCACUGGCCAUUUGUGGGAAAAUUAUGAUGAUAGGACUGGUGAAGGAAAAGGAUCUCAUCCAUUUACUGGUUGGACAGCCCUAGUUACUUUGAUCAUGGCAGAAAUUUAUUAAAUGUAACUUAAGUUUGUUGCGUUUAUGUGUUUGACUCUUGUUCAUUCAGUUGUCAACUAUGUGGUGGGUUUCUCACUUAACACAGAGCUAGUAAAAUAUCAUCAUUAAUAUGGCUGUGAUUCAAACAAAUGCAAGUGCCUCAAAAUUACCAAAUUAUCUUUGAUGCUGUCCAAGCAGACCUGGAGAGUACAUACAGCAUUUGUGAAUGAAGGAAAAUAAAAAUUGACCCUGUAAUCUUGCACUUUGAUUGAUAAAUACUUGUGUAAUGGUAUGUGCUGUGAAUUUUUUUUUAUUUUCUUAAAAUUAAAUUAAUAAAAUCAAUUUAGCUCCUCAAUUAAGCCUUGUUUGAGAAAGUGUUAAAGUCUCUCCAAAUAUUAGUUGAUACUUCUGAAAGUUCUGAACUAGUCUUGUGAUUGUCGUCUCUUUGUACAGCAAAGCACUGUUUUCUUCUAAUGGCAAAACAUUCUGCAAUUAGUUUUUCUUUUAUGGGUUCAAAGGGUGGCAAUGUGUGAGCAGUAGCAGAUUCUUAAUGUAUGUCCUUGUUGUUUGGAAUAGCCCUUGAAUCUGCAUCUCUUUGCAUGUGUGUUUGUGUGUGUAUUCUGUACAGUAUGUGUGUUUCUGAUGAAUUUUGGAGUAAUACUUAGUCAUGCUGGCAAUCUAGGCCAGUUGACAUAUCUUAAAGACUUAAAAGAAGCUGAUAGUAUUCUUCACCUUCAGCCAUUCUUUCUGACCUCAAAGACUUAGCUGAGUAACUUUGUUGUCUCUAUGUUGAACAAAUAGCAGUCACAUCUCAGAAAGCAUAAAUGUUGUGUUUCCUGCUACAAGUGUAGCACAAAGUACAAGUAACUCUUAUGUUCCCUUUUCAAGUGUGUACCUGUAAUUUUACUUAGCUUGUAAUGUUUUGCUAAAUGCUGCAGUCAUUGUUUCACAACGAAUUUGUCCAGUUAAAAUUUGUGCCAACACCAAAACGACUGUUUCCUGCCGACUCAUGGGAAAAUAAAAUGAAUUAAAAUUGAA